GAACUUUGUGUGAGCCCAUGAUUUCUAAGAACAAGCUAGGUAGAAACUUAAAAGAUACUAAGAAUACUACAAAUGUGAUUAACAACCCUUCGCACAACAUCUCAAAACCUUUAAUCCAUUUUCAUUCAACCUAAUACUUCGACUUCAAUAUAUCGAUAGUCAGACCUGCCUUCAAGAUGUCUUUACAAAGAGCGGUCGCUCCUCUGACAUCAUCAGCGCCCAUCAUCUUCAGAUUUGCCUCAUCACAAUCGUCAGCCCCUCUACGACAAUGUUCACCUAUCAUUCGCCAAUUCUCUUCUUCGCGAGUUACAGGCGCCGAGGCAAAACGCAAGAUGCAAACCAGUACCUGGCAAACAUAUACUCUCUCUACCCCUCCGCCACCGCCACCAGCCCGUGAAGCCGCUGUUCCGGAAACGUCCAUCACCGGAGGCAUUCCACAAGUUCACGAUACUCGUCCACCUUCGAUCAGUGUCACCGAAGCGGAAGCCCAAAAGUCAAAGCCUGUAAAGAAGAGGCGUCAUUUCAACUUUGUUCCUCUUAAGAAGACCAUUACCCUCUCCCCACGAGCCGUCGAAGUCUUGCGCGAUUUGAGCAACCAACCUGAGGCGAAACUCAUCAAGAUCAGUGUCGCAAACCGUGGAUGUAGUGGAUCGGCAUAUGAUUUGAAAUAUGUUGAGAAAGGUGCCCUCAGCGAUAUUGUUCAUGAGCAAGAUGGUGUCAAAGUUCUCAUUGAUCCAACCGCACAACUCAAGAUUAUUGGCAGCACAAUGGAUUGGGUUGAGGACAGACUCAGCGCAAAGUUCGUUUUUGAUAAUCCAAAUAUCGACAAAUCUUGUGGAUGUGGUGAAUCAUUCAUGACGAAAGAUGAAUCAGCAGCACGAGAAGCAGAAAAGAAAGCUUCCAAGGGCUUAUAAUUGAUGAUACGAUAGAUACGACAGUAUUCUGAUUUGUGAUGUAAUGGGCAUAAGCAUGGGCAUGCAUUGGAUGGCGUUUAGUUGGCGUUGGAGGGAACCGGUCUGCGUAUAAGCACGCUCCGGUGGCAUACUUUUUCGGAUUGGCAAUUAGGGACAGUGAUACCUCACAGGCAGGAUAGACUUUGCAUAUAGUUGUACAGCAUACCGAUACUUAAUGCAAACAAAGUUUUAUGACA